GGUUUUACGCAUAUCAGUGAGGAUUCGUCCGAGAUUGCGUUUUUGCUAGUUGAAAACUAUAACCAUGACCGCUCUUGCUCGGCCUAGGCUGGGUGAGGAAUCUUUGGAAACCAACCUUCUCUCGAAAGAGAAACCUUUUUUCAUUGCGGGUGGUCCCUCGAGGACUAGCGUGAAGAAGAAUAGAAGAUGAAGGGGCUUGAGAAGGCGACAGGACACAGCGUGAGCAUGAGAUUAUGCUUAGACAACAUCACUUUCGGAGUGCAAUGAUUCAAGGCUGCGAUGAAGCAGCUGGAGGAGAGUGGCAGCUAUGUAGAGCAUUACGGCACUGAAUACUAUGGGCUCAUGCAAUUCUCGAUAUCAUCUAUCACCGUAACCUUGCAUGGCUCUGCAGUUAUGCUAAAAGACGCGUCUGCUCUAACGCGAUGUAAUCCUGAUGAUCUAAGGAUGCGGCUCUCGAGUCCACAUUCCCAACGUCAACACAUCAACACCAUGGCAGCUCUCAUCACCGGCGCAACAGGUCUCCUCGGCCGCCAGGUCACGAAAGCCUUCGAGCGUGGCGGCUGGAGGGUAACAGGCACAGGCUACACGCGCGCCUCCCCACCUUCGAUCCUGAAGGUGGACCUCACCGUGCCGGACGAGAUAGCAAAGGUGUUGGAAGACGUCAAACCAAGUGUCGUCGUCCAUUGCGCUGCCAACAGGUUCCCCGACAAAUGCGACAAUGACCCCGACGGCACACGCGCCCUGAACGACGCAGCAACCCGCGCUCUCGCCAAGCUCUGCGCCUUCUCCUCCAUCUGCCUCAUCUACAUCUCAACCGACUACGUGUUUCCUGGCACUGAAGGCGACGCACCAUAUCACGUCACCAGCGCGCCGAAGCCGCCGAAUCUAUAUGGGGAAACGAAGCGUGCGGGGGAGAAGGCUGUGUUAGAAGAGUAUGCGAAGGCGGGGGAGAAGGGAAAGGGAUGGGGCGUGGUAUUGAGGGUGCCGGUGCUUUAUGGGGAGGCGGAGAGCCCUGCGGAGAGUGCGGUCAAUGUCUUGAUGGAUGCGGUUUGGAAGGUGCAGGAGAAGGACGCGAGCGUUAAGAUGGAUCACUGGGCGUUGCGGUAUCCUACGAAUACAGAGGAUGUUGCAAGAGUCUGUCAAGAGCUUGCAACGAAAUUCCUCGACACACAGGAUCCAAAAUCCCUUCCUACCAUCCUGCAAUUCUCGUCCGAAGACAAGUUCACGAAAUACGAGAUCUGCCAGCUGUUUGCGGAGAUUAUGGGAUUACCACUGGAUGGCAUGGUGGCUAAUGCUGAAGGCAACGACCCGAAGGCUACUGUUCAGCGGCCGUAUGAUUGCCACCUUUCGAGUCAGGCGUUGAAGGAUUUGGGGAUUAAUACUUCGACUAUGGACUUUAAGGGGUGGUGGAGGAGGGAGGCGAGGGCAUAUAGGAAAUGAAGAAAUGGAGAGGCUCUGGUCCUACAGGGACAUGACGAAGGCAUGUGGAAGGGGACGGCUGUUUUUCCCAUAACGUGGCAUAUAUGGGGAGUGCUUAGCUUGGCCGAGAGCCUUGCUGUCGGGCUGUAUUAUACAAGUUAGGAGAACAACGGCAAUGCCUUGAAAUCCAGCCUCCAAAAUACCAAACCCUUGUCUUCCCCG